AUGAAUUUUGAUCGUCCGAGCCUACUAUCAGAUUAUCUUCCUUCUGAUGCGGACUGGGGAAUCGAAGAGCACAUACCACCACGUAAACGCUUUGACUCCACUACCACAAGCGAAUUGAGCCAGCCCCCAUUCUUCCGGUCCCUGUACCAGUUUUCUUCUCCCAGUCUUACCCAAGAUAGUUUUCAUUUUGAAGAGAAAAAUAAAGUGUCUUCUCUUAAGCAUGAUUUCACCCAAAUACAAUCCAAUACCGGAAACUUCCGGAAAUAUAUUCGCAAAUAUCUAGCCAUAGGCCGAGAAAGUGCUCAACUUCGGGAAAAGUUCAACUAUAACUUGGUCGUUUCCAACCUUUUGGAUGAUACUCUCGUUUUGUCAAAGAAUGAACAAGCUAUGAACAGCCUAAAGCAGAUGCGUGAUUCAGUAGACCAUCCUUUCUGUAUAAGGCUUACAAAGAAUUUCGACUAUACUAGAUCAGAGCUCCAAAUUACUAACAUACAUUAUCGAUUAAUUUAUCCGAGGACAUACAGAAAAACUCUUCUCCUUGUGGAUACGGUAUUGUUGAUUGUUUACUUAUUGAAGCAGAGACUAUUACCAAGACAAACAUUGGAUUCCUCUCAACAUUAUCAACUAUUCAAGCUAUUGUUAAUUAUGGCUACCAAAAUUGUCAAAUUCCAGAGGGCUGCGAUUCUCAUUUACUCAUCUAAAACGUUGCGCAGCCUUGACGAUUUCAUGCUUUCAAACUGCCAAAUUAAUAAGGACAUCAUCACUAGCAUCAUAACUCUCAAGGAAUUUCAAAUGUUUAGCUUUCUUGAUAGACCUAAGCAGGAGCAGAUCAGUUCCGGCUACCCUAAAGACCUCGCGAAGCAUUUGAACACAACUCUAAGACUUUUGCUGUUGAAUAUGAAGCAUUCCAUUAGUGCACUUCUACCCUUCUCAAAUGGUGAGAUUCUCGAAAAAUAUUGUCAAAUCAAUAAUGUUCAGAUGAGCUGGAUUUUUGAAGAGCAUGAUGAGAGCAUCGAGGAGGUCUCGUCUCUUGAGAUCCUCACGUCUAAAUUAGGUCACUUUAAUAAUUUGAGAAGGUUUUUCAUUUGCCAGUUGCUAACUAUUCAUGAUCCACCUCUGCAUAAUUUUUUCAUUUCAAAAAUUCGUGACUACCUUCCAACCCCUAUUAAAACCUCGACGUACACGUCCACGAUUGACAAACUAAAAUCAUUGCAACUUGUCUUUCAAGAACAUACGGCAGCACUUGAGGAGUUACAUUCCUUGAACAAAAAGUUCCACCUUCUCUUCAGCCCGUCGCAUAGCACGGAUUUUGCAAAUGACAACAUAUUGUCGUCGCCUGGGAUUUCUUUCAAGCAAGGUGAGAUAAGCGACGAUGUUUUGGCGCCUGAUGCAGAACUCAACCUCAACAACCUUAUCAAUAAACUUCAGAGUUUAACUACCAGUUUAAAGUAUUUCAAGAAAUACAGUCGCUCCGUUGCUGGUGUCGACGAUGCUCAAGAACACGAUGAAAGAAUGUCAAUACUACAUCUGUUCAACAAAGAGAUAAAUUCUUGUGCAGAUAUGUAUAACAUAUGCGUACAAGAGUACGAAAGUGAUUUUGCUUCCAGGUUUAGGAACCAGGACUCUAAUGCUUCAUCCCAAUCGAGCUCGCAAAGAAAUUCCUACAACAAGGAUGAUCAUUUCAGUCUCAAAUCAUUUCGAACCUCCUCAAGCUCUAAGAAAAAGCUUUCAUCGCCUAUUCAAUUUGAACAGCCGCCCAAAUCACUGGCAUCGAAACCAUCCGACAAGAAAUACAAGAGGAUGUCUACCGGACUUCAACUAGGGCUUCUAACCGUUUUGGAAGAACCAAGAGCAGAAAGACAUAGACUUCAAGAUACGAAGGAGUAUCUAGACGAUGACAAAUAUGAUGGCGUCUCACCAUCAGUGCAUGGAACGUACAAUCAAAGUACAUUAGAUGCUUUGACAAAGAGAAACACGCGCAACUCUACCAGCCGCUAUUCAAUGAAUUCAGUGAAUUCAAACGUGUCUGGUUUGUCUGAUUUGAUAGCCUCCACACACAUGACAACUACUGAUGAUGAUAUCGACCAGUCGAAGAGCAGUAUCUUUGGGAACGGAAAGGCAGACGGGAUGUCAAAAGAAGAAUUGCAAGCAAAGUUAGAGGAGAGUUUACAACGAAUUUAUAGCCUUGAAAACGAAAAGAAAGUGUUCAUUCAAGAAAAUCGGCCCUUUGAGACUCCUGGCGAGUCAAUACAAGACGACAACACUAUCGACCCUAUUUUCUCAUCUGGCACUCCCCAAGAUGCAGAAUUUUUAACCUCUUUGGAGAAGACUUUGAAAGCUAGACAUACAUAG